ACACCAUCUGCUCAACAAUAAAAUCUUGUAGUGUAUCAAUUCAAAUAGAAUAGGUAAACAACACAAGCGAGAGGUCGCCUGGAGUCGAUGAUGACCUCCUGCUUGCAGUUGCACUGAGAGAUCGAUCCUCCUUAAUUUCUGCUUGCUUGGCUGCCUAGCUUGUAGCGAGAAGCAGAUCGAGCAGAGAGGAUGUCUGACUGGGGCCCCGUGGUGAUCGCGGUGGUGCUGUUCGUGCUCCUCUCGCCGGGGCUGCUCAUCCAGCUCCCGGGGCGCCACCACUUCGUCGAGUUCGGCAACCUGCACACCAGCGCCGUGUCCAUCCUCGUCCACACCAUCAUCUACUUCGCGCUCAUCACCCUCUUCGUCAUCGUCGUCGGAGUACACAUCACCACCGACUAGCUGAUUCCAUUACUCCUCCAAUUCAAUGGCAGCACUUGUUGAUGCAUCCAUCCAAUCCUCAUCGUCUGCCUGCCCAGCUAGCUAAUCAAUUAAGCUAUUUAGUACAGUGCUGUUUCUUUCCUUCUUCCUCAUCGUUUCUUUCUGUGCAUGCAUCUGAAUCCUGACUCCUCCGGCGGCAUGCCUGCCUGCCCUGAGCUUUGUAUAACUUCUUGUUUUGCCACUAGCUACUUGCUAUGUUGAUUGGUUUACAAUACAUACAUGUAAAGAGUAGCAUGUCGUCGUCAUGUAUAGUAAGUAUAUACUAGCUGCUAGUGAUCAGCACAUUGAAUGUCGUCUACAUGUGAUCCUUCGACUGAGUCUUGAGCCUACCGCAAUUAUCUAUAUCUGGUUAGGGUUAAUUUUGUAUAUGUAA